GCAACACAGCCCCGCGGAGCCCCGCCGGCCAAUCAGCGCGGCCGGAGGCGGGACUUCUCCGCGGCUCCCUGGUCAGGGCUGGGCGACUUCCGGCAAUAAACCCUGUGUUGGCGGCUUUAGGGGCCCUGAGGCGGCGGAGCUCCAGGAGAACUAUGCCGUUUUUGGGUCAGGACUGGAGGUCUCCUGGAUGGAGUUGGAUUAAAACAGAAGAUGGCUGGAGAAGAUACGAAUCUUGGAGUCAGGAACUUGAGAGAGAGCAUGACCACUGUAGCAUCAAUCACAGCAUUAUCUUAAAUAGUGAAGAUGAAGAAAUAUUCAAUAAUGAAGAGCAGGAAUAUGCAUCUAAAAAAAGGAAAAAGGACCAUUUUAGAAAUGACAGAAAUACUCAAUGUUUUUAUCGUGAAAAAUGGAUCUAUGUCCAUAAAGAAAGCACAAGAGAACUGCCCUCUCCAGACCCUCUGCUGCCAUCUGUCUCAGAUGUGAGGAAUACUCUGUCCUCUUGUGUUUUCUGUGAUUGUCCAGUUUAUCCAUCCCCACAAAGGCACAGCUAUUGUACCUUGGGAGAGGCCUUUAACCGCUUAGACUUCUCCAGUGCAAUUCAGGAUAUCCGAAGGUUCAAUUAUGUGGUCAGACUGUUGCAGCUAAUUGCAAAAUCCCAGUUAACAUCAUUGAGUGGUGUCGCACAAAAGAAUUACUUCAACAUUUUGGAUAAAAUCGUUCAGAAGGUUCUUGAUGACCACCAAAAUCCUCGCCUAAUCAAAAAUCUUCUCCAAGACCUGAGCUCUACCCUGUGCAUUCUGAUUAGAGGAGAAGGGAAGUCCGUAUUGGUGGGAAAUAUAAAUAUCUGGAUUUGCCGACUAGAAACUAUUCUCACCUGGCAACAGCAGUUACAGAAUCUUCAGAUGACCAAGCACGUGGACAGCGGCCUCACGCUCAGCGACCUUCCUCUGCACGUGCUGAGCAACAUCCUGCACAGACUCUCGGACGGGUGGGACGUCGUCACUCUGGGCCAGGUGACCCCAGCGCUGUCCGCGCUCAGCGAAGACAGGCAGCUGUGGAGGAAGCUGUGCCUGUACCACUUUGCCGACAAGCAGUUUUGUAGACACUUGGUCCUUUCAGAAGAAGGUCACGUCGAGUGGAAGUUGACGUACUUUGCCCUGCAGAAGUAUUACCCAACCAGGGAGCAGUAUGGGGACACUCUGCAUUUCUGUCGGCACUGCAGCAUCCUCUUUUGGAAGGACUGCCGCCUCGCUUUGUUAUUCAAGGACUCAGGACACCCCUGCACGGCUGCCAACCCUGACAGCUGCUUCAUGCCCGUGUCUCCACAGCACUUCAUCGAUCUCUUCAAGUUUUAAAGGACCCUCACCCUACUGCGUCGCUGUCAAAGGUGGUACACUGUGUGUUUGUGCAAUAGCUGGUAGUGUUUUUUUUGUGACUAUAAGUGAUGACUGGGAUGGUGACUGGAGGCCUCCUGGGAGGCCUGUGUUCGCUGGAAAGAACUAGAAGGGACAUAAAGGCUUUUCUUGGCGUAGGAAUGCACUGUUGCAUAUUUUCAUUUUUGAAAGGGGGUCAGGGAACCCAAGCAAAAUCAUUUCUACUUACUUCUUUAAGAAAUUCCUUUCUUCUAAGCAUAUAAAAUUUGCAACUUUGCAUAUUUCUAAAUGUGGUUCAGAAAAGAUUCUGGAUUUUCAGCACCACAUUCUGUGCUCAACUGACACUAACAGCCAAUAAUAUGCUUCUUAAUUGUCAAAUGAUAGUUUCUUGAUUUUGUAGUAAUUGGGGCUGGGGACAGAACAAUUGAUCCUUGUAAAUACAUUGUGCAGAAUAUUUAUUUUUCUUAACAUGUAUUUUAACUGCAUCCGUUGUGUCCAGAUGAAUCCUCUUUGAAUGCAAAAUGAACCUAGGGAAAUAUCUGCAUCUCCAAUCUGGUGUCUAGCAAUUGGGUUGUAAAUUGUGCAAAACGUUUGUGACCAACAGAGGUGUUUGUUAGUGGUGUGGCUGCGGUCCUGGGGGCUCGAGGACACUGGCGGGCAGGGAGCCCUGCUCUGCCAGGCCUGUUCUCACCUGAGCUGUGGGGGGACCAGACAACCAUGGAGCAUUUGCCACGACCAAGUCAGGGCCAGCCCCUGUGGCCUGAACUCGACUGUACUGAAACUACUUUUAUAGACAAUAAACCAUGUUUAUUUGCUGAUUUAA